CGUUUCCAGCCGUCAGUCGUUCACUGAUGUCCGUUAGGCAACUAGAUCACGGUACACGGAAAGCUCGCUAUUACCGCUCGAGGAUGGGCGUCGAAACGUAUGCAGAUGAGCGUAGCAGAGGAUAGCAAAGUUGAAUCGCGUUGAAUUGAAACGGGCUGCAAAGUGUCCGUCACAUGUCGCUGCAUCUUUCAACCGAAGUGUGCGGGUGUGCGUGUGUGUUUGUGUGUGAUACUCUGUCAAGUGAGGUGUUUGACGAGUUGUGCUGGGUGUAGAGAUAAAAGUCGUCACGCCAAGAUGAAUGUUUUGCCUGGUCAGCUGCGUUGCCACUCAGGAGAGCGAGCUUGUUAAAAGUUUGCCCCAAAAAGUGCUGGGCGUAAAAUCAGCUUCCUUAAGACACGUUCCGGAAAACUCACGAAUGUAGCGUCCAAGGAAGACUCGAUUCGGUAACAACGAACGGUUGGGGCGUACGUUUCAUGCUCUAGGCCUGCUUUGGUCAUAUAAUUUGUAAUUCAACUGCGCUACGCAAGUACGUGUUUGUAUGUUCUGUGCGCGUGUUUUCGAUUCCGCUGUCGGUUGUGCUAUCUGUUGGUGCGUAUAGUGAACGCUGUUUCGUUUUCACGCUUGGCAGCCAAAGCUACAAUGGUGUGAUUAAUCGAAGAAAUGCUGUCAAGUGCAGACAAGCAACGCAACGGAUACGAAAACAUUUAUCUGCAACGCUGAAGCAAAGAAAAUUUCCACCGAAGGUUAAGGUAAACCACGGUACGGUACUUCGUUUCGUGUAAGAAAACCGUGUGUCAGUACCGACUGCAGGACUGAAGGACUCGUUCCGUUAAAACUUCCAGAAGAGUUGGCUUGUUAUCAUCUUAUCGCAACCGACCCAGCAGUGGGAUAUAACGAGUUCCAUCAAUUGAACAGAUUGUUUACCAAUCGCCGUGAAGAAGUGAAGCACCAUGCUUGAAAGCGACCAUGCGUCUCCAUGAAGGCACGAAGAGUGUUUGAUUGUUAUUGGAGUUGAGUGAAAAACAAAAAAUAACUUCACUCCUUGAUUUGGCGUAGCCUUGUGUAGAUUAUCAGUGCGUUUAAAGUGUGGUUAUAAAAGCAUCCAAUUUGUUCUUUAGUUUGUGUCCCGGUGUAUCUGUGUUGAGAUUGUUGAACAAGGUGAGUGUGUAGUGAAUAAAAGCAAACUAAAGCAUCUGGAAUAAAGUGAAAAAUAUGACGCACUAGUCCUAUACGGUGGACGUGGUAUCUGCAGUGUUAAGACGAAAAAUAAAAGAAGAGAAGGGUUGUGAAUGCCUGCGGCGCUACACGAAAACAUUUAGCCGCAAAAGCUGUCCGCACUACUCGGCUAGGCGGUUCGCUGCUGAAAAGACCUGCGAGAUAUCAAUCAUGGUCAAUAUAGCCGCUAAUCAGUCCUCGUGCAGUGGAUUGAUUUUGCUGCCGGUUGUGGGAAUUAUGCCGAAUUGGAUCACUUCGGAAUCAUUUUACCCCGAUACCGUUGCUGAAUCGCACUUUGACUAGGAUUCAGGGAACCGCGCCCGGUCCAAGGGCGAUCCGAUGUGCGGCGUAUUUGCGGACUUCUUCCGUUGCAGUAAUUAAAAUUAGAGCGCAAGGAGCGUGUGCCCCAGAUGAGGAUUAUUGCGAGGAGCGGAAAGCAAUAGGACCUUGAAAAAAAAAGCCAUUUCAACCGUCCGGCAACUGAUGCUGCUACUGCAGAGCCGUGGUGGGAUUCCUAUGACCGAAACACUCCCAUAGGACAUCAUUAGAAGCGGUGUAAACGGUGGCGGAAAAUAUUGCACUUCCCUUUCACACGACCCGAAAAGCGCGCACAAGUUGAAGCGAGAAAACACCAGUGGAUGGCUGUGUGCUGGUGUGCGAGUGUGGUGAAUAUGCUACGACCCAAGAGCAGCAUAACAGCAAAAGCAUAACCAUCUGAGGUGAGCUGGAGCGUUCGGGACCGUUCGGGUGCCGGUCGGCUCUGCAGGCGUUCACACAGCCGAACGGUACGCGCGUACGGCGUGGCCAGCAUAGUCGGUGAGAACACGGUGAGCAUAGCCGCAACCGCUGUGAACAUAGUUCGUCAGUACAAACAGAGCAAGCAACGCGUGCGGACGUACGACUGGAACCGCGAGUACGCGCGCUCGAGCACGCAAGAAUUGAAUCAAUAUCGAGAACACGGAGUCAGAGGACUGUCGAGCGAGCGAGAGUGUUUGUGGCGUGAAUUGAAACGAAUCGGCCAGUUCCACAGAUUGACGUGCACGGUGUGAAAAGUUAGGCGCAUUAUCGAAAGUUCCGCCCGAAGUGAGUGCAGAUGAGGCUGGAAAGGAUGUAGAUAGAGUUUCGAACAAGAAGUGAUUGCCGUGUGCGCGUGUGUGUUCGAGAGUUUGUGAGUGUAUGCUCGAUGUAAACGAAGAGCGUUGUUAUGAAUUUUAAGUUUCCCCAGCAGUGCUCGUUUGGCGAUGGUUAGCGUUUCGGUGUGCGUUUAUGUUACCACGGUUUAGUAGCGAGGAGGAAUUGUUGUUGAUUCGUGCUUAGCUUUACCCUCCGCAUUCAACGGCAAAUCCGCACCUAAGGCUGCAGUGAAGUUUUCCCGCGGGCAAGUUGGCCGACGACGGUAGCUAAGCUGUGCGCCAGCGAAUGUGUUCAACAGUGUGUGCUGAAUAGAAAAAAGGAAGAAAAAAAAUCCUUGUGCGGAUUACAGUUGCAAAGAAGCGAACGGUGUGUGCGUGAGUGUCCGUGUGUGUGUGUGUGUGCACGAUUGGAAGAGAAAAAUUGCGUUUUUAUGUGUACAAAAGUACGUGGCAGCUUGUGUGAGCGUUGUAUUGCGUGACGACCAGCAGCAACGAAAGCGGCAGCAUGAGUCGUUGCGAGCUACUGCUGCCGGCCCUGCUACUGCUGGUGUCGGUGCAGGUGAACUACAGUUUGCAGUACGAUUCGGCCGAGUCGUCCCGGUACUACCAUCCGGCGGGUGCGGGCAGCGAACCCGGCAGCAACCUGCGCUACGAUGCGCCGGACGACUGCAAGUAUCGCAUCCUGCCCGGCAACGAGGUCGAUCUGGCGUGCAAUCUGCGCACGGUGAACAGUGAAUUUGACAACACGAACUUCAGUGUGAUUCCGGCCGAGCAUACGGCCGCCCUCUCGAUCCUCUGCAAUGAGGCGAUCAUGGCGCGGAGCAAGCUGCUGCCCAACUCGUUCGUACAUCUGGCGCGGCUGAAGGCGCUCUCGCUCGAGUUCUGCAAGAUCGCCAAGUUCUCCGCGACGGUGCUGGCCGGGUUGGGCGAUCUGCGCAAUUUUACGCUGCGCACGCACAACAUCGCCUGGCCCGAGCUGAACCUGGAGAUUGAGGCGGACGCUUUCGGGCAAACGCGCAACCUGGAGGUGCUCGAUCUGAGCACCAACAACAUUUGGUCGCUUCCGGAUCAUUUGUUCUGCUCGCUCAGUGGUUUGCGAUCGCUGAACAUCAGCUCGAACCGGUUGCAGGACGUGAACGAUCUGGGCUUCCGUGAAAAGGGAGUGAAGGACGAAGUGGAGUCGGAGGGCCACAAAACGAACAGCUCCGGCUCGGUCGCUCCUCCGGUGAGUUGUGCCCUCGACUUGGAGGAUCUGGAUGUGUCACGGAACCAUUUUGUGCUGCUUCCGGCCGCCGGUUUCGGGAUGCUGAAGCGGCUAAAGAUGCUAAAAAUCCACGACAACGAGAUCUCGAUGGUGGGCGACAAGGCGCUGAGUGGCUUGAAGGAGCUGCAGAUCCUUGAUUUGAGCUCUAACAAGCUCGUGGCGCUUCCCACGGAUCUGUUCCGCGAUCCAGCUCAGUCGAUACAGGAGAUUUACCUGCAAAACAACUCGAUCAGUGUGCUUUCGCCAGGACUUUUCUCAAAACUAGAGCAGCUGCAAGCGCUGGAUCUGUCACAGAACCAGCUGACAUCGGCCUGGGUGAACCGCGAUACAUUUGCAGGUCUCAUCCGGCUGGUGCUGCUCAAUCUGGCUAGCAACAAGAUUACCAAGCUCGAGUCGGAAAUCUUUUCCGAUCUGUACACGCUGCAGAUCUUGAACCUGCGCCACAAUCAGCUGGAAAUCAUAGCGGCUGACACGUUCUCCCCGAUGAACAAUCUUCAUACGCUACUGCUAUCCCACAACAAGCUAAAGUACCUGGACGCCUACUCUCUGAACGGUUUGUAUGCCCUGUCGCUGCUCUCGCUGGACAACAACGCCCUCACCGGCGUACAUCCAGAGGCGUUCCGUAACUGCAGCUCACUGCAGGAUCUCAACCUCAAUGGUAACGAGCUGACGCAGGUCCCACUCGCGCUGAAAGACAUGCGAUUGCUGCGGACCGUCGAUUUGGGCGAAAACUCCAUCAGCGUCAUUGAGGAGCCGGGCUUCCGUGGUAUGAACAAUCUGUACGGUCUGCGGCUGAUAAGCAACAACAUUGAAAAUAUUACACGUAAAGCAUUCAAAGAUCUGCCGAGCCUGCAGAUUCUGAACGUGGCACGCAACAAAAUUUCGUACAUCGAGAAGGGAGCGUUCGAACCGGCGGUCAGUGUGCAAGCCAUUCGAUUGGACGGCAAUCUGCUAUCCGACAUUGAUGGACUGUUCACUAGCAUGCCCAACCUGGUGUGGCUUAACAUCUCCGACAACAAGCUGGAACACUUCGACUACUCCCAUAUCCCACCCCACCUACAGUGGUUGGAUCUGCACCGCAACGAGCUUACCGAGCUGACCAACCGGUACGGCUUGGACAACCAGCUGCACCUGCAAACGCUCGAUGCAAGCUUCAAUCGGUUGACGCGCGUAACUCCGGCCACCAUUCCGAACAGUAUCGAAUUCCUGUUCCUGAACGACAACCUGAUCGUGCACGUGGAGCCGCACUGCUUCACGCACAAGACAAACCUGACGCGGGUCGAUCUGUACGCGAAUCAGCUGACCAGCCUAGACAUUAAGGCACUGCGACUGCAGCCCGUACCGGAGGACAAGCAAAUUCCGGAGUUUUACAUCGGUGGCAAUCCGUUCGUGUGCGAUUGUAACAUCGACUGGCUGCAGAAGAUCAACCACGUGACGUCCCGCCAGUACCCGACGAUCAACGACAUCGAGACGGUGUACUGCAAGCUGAUGUACAACCGGGAGCGCUCCUACAUUCCGCUGAUCGAGGCCGAACCGAAGCAUUUCCUCUGCAGCUACAACACGCACUGCUUCGCCCUGUGCCACUGUUGCGAGUUUGAUGCGUGCGAUUGCGAGAUGACGUGCCCGAACAACUGCGCCUGCUACCACGAUAACAGCUGGUCGACGAACAUUGUCGAGUGUUCGGCAGCGGGCUACACCGACAUUCCUAACAACAUCCCAAUGGACACGACCGAGGUGUACAUCGACGGCAACAAUCUGGUCGAGCUGUCCGGGCACAGCUUUAUCGGGCGGAAGAAUUUGCGUGUGCUGUACGCCAAUCAUUCCAACAUCGAGGCCAUCUACAACACGACCUUCAUCGGGUUGCGGCGGCUGACGAUUCUGCACCUGGAAAACAACGCCAUCCGCAAGCUGUACGGGCACGAGUUUUCCGCUCUGGAAAGCCUGCGCGAACUGUAUCUGCAAGGAAACCGCAUUGCGUACAUCGAGGAUCACACGUUUGCCGAGCUGCGCAAGCUGGAAGUGCUGCGGUUGGAUGGCAAUCGCAUCACCAGCUUCGAGGUGUGGCAGCUGUCCGCAAAUCCGUAUCUGGUGGAAAUUGCCCUCGCAAACAACCUGUGGACGUGUGACUGUGGGUUCGUGAACAAGCUGCGCAGCUACCUGCAAUCGAACGCGGAUAAGAUUGUGGACGCUAACGAGAUCUCGUGCAGCUACAACAACGCCACCAGCAUUCUGCGUGACAACGGAACCAAGUGCACCUUCCGCGAGGGAAUGUCCUCGAUCGUGCAUCGGCAGGAAAUCGAGGACAUGUUGCCGCUGCUCCUGGUCGCGACGUGCGCAUUCGUGGGCUUCUUCGGGCUAAUCUUUGGCAUUUUCUGCUAUCGCAAGGAGCUGAAGGUGUGGGUCCACUCGGGCCUGUGCUACAAAUCGGGCACGUUCGUGAACGAGUACGAUAAGGAUCGGCUGUACGAUGCGUACAUCACCUACUCACUGCAAGACGAGCACUUUGUGAGUCAAAUUUUGACCUCGACGCUCGAAAACGAUAUCGGCUUCCGGCUGUGUCUGCACUAUCGCGAUCUGAACGCAAACGCGUAUCUGGCGGACACGAUCGUCGAAGCGGUCGAGAGCUCGAAGCGGGCCAUCCUCGUCCUAUCGAAGAGCUUCCUGUACAACGAGUGGACGCGGUUCGAGUUCAAGGGAGCGAUCCACGAGGUGCUGAAGCGGCGCCGGAAGCUGAUCAUCAUCCUGUACGGCGAUCUGCCGCAGCGCGACCUGGACGCCGACAUGCGGCUGUACCUGCGCACCAACACCUGCAUCGAGUGGGACGACAAGAAGUUCUGGCAGAAGCUGCGCAUCGCGCUGCCGCACGUGAAGAAGAGCAACUGUCUGAACAAGCGGUCCGCGAUCAACAUCUACGCGACGGCCGGCAACGACUACAACACGCCCGGCCGGCCAUCCACGCUGGGUCCGUCGGUGGCCAGCACGCGGCUCGAUGGGCCCCAGCACCACAGUUACGCCACGAUCGGUCCUAACUGUCCCAGAAACUGUGAUAACUACGAUACGGUUAGCAAUUGUAAAUACAACACCACCCAGCACCACCAGACCCACCACGAGCGGCGCACGACGGCGGACUUCGGGCGGAAGGCGACGGACGGCCGGCAGCACGAGUACGCCGUGCCGUCCAACUGUCUGCUGGACACGACGCACGAAACGUACAACACGACGGCGACGAGCUGCGAGCGCAUCGCCGGCGAAACGUUCGAGUGCACCUCGACCAGCUCCAAGUUUUCCACGUCGUCGCGCGGUUCCGGCAGCGAUUCGGGCAGCCACUCGAUCUCCUCCGCCGCGCAGCACGACUUCCAGGGCAGCCACCGGUCGCCCAAUGGCUGCGCGCCAAACCUGCUGCCCAGCACUACCAGCACCACCAACUUCUCGUACCAGCAUCCGCAUCCGCACCACCAUCACAACGGCAGCGGCCGGAGCAAGCCGCCCGGUCCGGAGGGCGUGGGAGGCGGUGGCGGUAAGAGCCCUAGCGAUAAGCACAACCCGGGCACGCUCGGGACGGACAGUCGGGGGGGCAACAGUUUUAACGAUAGAAGACUGCCACAGGCCAUGUGGGCAUAACGAUUACUUAAGAGCAGCAGGUUAGUUAAUUAUUUUUAUCGCUAGAUGUAAGGACGGGUGAUGAAUCGCGAGAUCGAUCGAAAGGGAUCGCGCGACAUCGAGUGUGAGUGAGUGAGAAAGUCUGUGAGGGAUGAACGGCCCGGGGAAGAUGGGUGGGGAAUAAGACUGCCAGUAUCGUGGCGACGUUGUUGAGAAGGACAAUUCUGGCCGACUUGUCUUUGAGUUGUUAGGUUUUAGUAAUUCCUUUUUUUGGGAAUCCUUCCUCUUGUUCCCUAGCCAAGCCCGAACCAGGGCUGGACAAUGCACGCACGAAAGAUAGUUACUAAUUAGCGAUUAUAGGGCCUCCCGCAGAUAAUAUUCCAAUGUAGAAGAUACUCCACAGUACAGUAAUGAACAAAAAAAGAAAACCAGGGAUAAAACCAAAACUCCCAUCAAGGGAAACGCGUUUCCGUAGCAACUAUGUGGCCGUCUGGGGGAGAAAGAGAGCGAACGAGUGUGAAGAAACCAAAACAAAGGAUGCCUGCGAGACGCUCACACGCAACUCCUGCAAUUUCGAACGGUUCUUGUGCGCUGGUGCUGAGUCCACGCAGUGCCUUUUGGGAGAUAGAAGGAAAGCCGGGCAGGAAGGGCGACAAAAGGGACAUAAAAAUGCAACGAAAACGAAACGCUGCUCGUCGGACGAACAUAUAAAACCAGUGAAAUAUGACGAUUUUCCCUAAAGCGACGGGAUGCCCAAGGAACGAAGCAGCGAGGUAAUCGUGGUCGUAAAAGGAAGAGAGAAGGGCAGAAGUAUUCUAGUCAGAAGCGGGAAGGUGCCCGGGGUUCUAAUCUUCUAGAGAAUCUAUCGUUUCUUACGCAAGCAACGCUCUGCGCAGGGGUUGAGCGGGGUCGCGCAUAGAAACGGGCACAGUAGGCCAGCGAGCAGAGGGCACACCGAGGGGCACACCAGUCGGGAUGGGCGAGCUCUCUAAUCUGAUUUUUCACGCUUCACCAGCCUCGAAAUGGAACGAGCCUUCGCGUAAAGCAUUUAGCUGCAGUGCGCGAGUAAAAGGAUUUCAAAAAUACCCCCCAUGAAACUGGGAAAAUUGAAUGUAAAAUUAUUCUCCGUCGUGGCUGGAUUGCGUGACACGCAGGAACCGGGUGAUGCGCACUCAGAUUAAUUACCCGCGGGAUGCGGGCCUGCGCAAGUCCGUUGGUGAGCCGCUUGAAGCGGAAAACGCUCACGAUCAUCCUAUCCGUUCCAGAUCGACUGCAAUUGAUCGAGUUGAAUGGAAUUUUAAUCCUUGUAUUUAAUUUGCUUUUUCCUUCUGCGAGAAAUUGAUUACGCUCGAACGUUUUGAGGAAGGAAAGGGCUGGUGGACAUCGAACCGAACAGAGUGAAAACAGAGAAGCUAAGCUAAGAAAGCUAAGACAAAGCGAGAUUUUCCAGGUUUCCAGAUUUUGGUGGACUUUCGGAUGAGCGAGUGUGUGUGAGUGAGUGAGUGAACGAGAGUGGGUAAGCCUCCGCGCCAUUGCAUCCGAUGGCCCCAGCGCCAUCGAUGCACACGUUUGUUGUGUUUCUGUUUUCCAUUUUGAUACCUCACUGGGGCGGAAUGAAUGAAUGAGUGCGUUGCCACAGCGGAUUGAGAGCGUAGAGUAUUACAGAGACUGGGUGUACAUAGCGAAGAAGUCAGACGACAAAGAGGCAUAGGAUAUUAUUAAGAGAGUUAAGAAGACAAAACCAACGAUUACGCGAAAGGGGCUUUGAAGGGGGCACGAAGAUUGGUUAUUUAACGAGCGGUGUACAUAUUUUAUGGGGAGAGCAACAGCGCGUCCCCCACUCUUCUUUAGGCAAGUAAGACUCUUCUGACAGUGAACAGGAAGCUAAACGAUUAAAACCAACUUGAAAAUACUAAAACCACAACUAAACCUAAACUAAGUCAGCUGGCCGAAUGGUAAUAAGAAUAUGCAAGAAAUCGAUAGACAAAAUUAUCACCGAUACUCGCUGCAAAACAAAAAUAUCUCCAUCACAAACAGCUUACAUACGCGAACGAUCGAUCGAUCGAUCGAUGUACAUAGCAAGGGAAAGUAAAAA